AGAGCCCUUAAACCCUGGAACUCUGGAAGUGACAGGACUGAACCCUUUCACUGAGCCAGCUUUGAAUUUCUCCGGACAAAGGUCAAGACAUGACGAAGUGGUGGCGCACGGUGGCGGCUGCCGGCACCGGCUUAAGAAGCGCGACGGAGGCGCCGAGCCGACGAUCGUAUUUCACAAUUCAGGCUAUCCCAAGGGAGGUAACUGGGAACAGAGUUUCUGCGAAGGAUCGAGCCCAGGGCCGUAUCCCCGCCGUCGUCUUCUCGCAGAACUAUGUCCAAACAAACCCUAGCGAUCCGACUUCCAUCGCCGCGACGGCCUCCGUCUCCCGGAAACGCCUCCUCACGACCGAGAGAAAGCAGAUUAAGACCAUUCUCAAGUCCGUAGAUUCCCCUUUCUUCUGCUCCACGACAUUUCCGUUCCAGAUCCGGGCCGGGUCGGGCUCAUCAACUUUACUUGAAUCCGGGAAAGUACUCCCCAUCAAGAUUCACAGAGAUAAGGAGACUGGGAAGAUAUUGAAUUUGGUGUUUGUAUGGGCUGAAGAUGGAUCGAAAUUGAAGGUGGAUAUCCCUAUUGUUUUGAAAGGAGAAGACGUAUGCCUUGGUGUCAAGAAAGGAGGUCAUCUAAACAAGGCAAGGACUAGUCUCAGGUUUUUAUGCCCUGCCGAGAAAAUCCCUCAAAAGAUUGAGGUGGACGUGAGCAAUCUAGAUAUUGGGGAUAAAGUGUUGAUGCAUGACCUCGAUAUUGACCAAGGGCUGAAACUUCUGAGCAAGUACCCCGAGAUGCCUGUGUGCAACAUUCGAGAUACAUUUUUUGACAAGUUUGAAACUGCGCAGAAUGAUCCGAUGGCAUAGCAGUGGCACUGAAAUCCACUACGCCUUUUAUGCUUAGCAAUGUAGGAUAAGGUGCUUGUUCCAAAAGAAAUCUGAAUCUUUUUCCUAGUUUUGUGAGGUGGACAUAAUAAAAUUCUGUUCUCUGUAUUUCUAUGUUGUGUUUCACAAAAAGAAAUGCUAUACCCCAAAUGUUUGAAUUCUUGUGUU